AUGGCUCCAAAUACAGACGGAAUCAGUUUUAUGGACAAAAAUAUCGAGAUUAUGCUGAUAAUUGCAGCAGUUAUAUUCAGCAUUAUUCUAAUAACAACUAUAGUCUAUGCUGUAAAGUUCAGGACAGUAAAUUCAGCAAUAAGAACAGAAGAUGGACAUAAUGAUCCUCCACAGCCAUCAACUUCAAAGUACGAACCAUUAUCACCAAAUGCUAUUCGAUUCGAUUCCAUGCCUUCUGUUGUGCAUUCAAGUGCUUUCCUGACAAUUCCUGCAAUCACGAGAACCUAUGAUAUAUCAAACUUGAAAUAACAUGUCCUUAA